CGGUAUCGACUCCUGGGUCCUCAGUCCCUCCCGCGCCGUCCACGGAGGUGAAGCUCUGUAUCUGCAUUUGCCGCCUCCCGCCUCCACCGCCCUCAUUGCCUCUACCCGCCUCAUAAUCUCCGUCGUUGUGAACUGUGGUUAAUCAGCCGGUUGAGCUGCCCUCGCCGAUCGAUCGAAGAGAGUACAUCCGUUGUCAUAUUUCUGUUUUCCUUGAGUUCUCAUCUUCUCUCCCUUUCGCCGAACGAGACCUUUACGAUUUAAGACGAAGAAGACUGACUUUAAAUUUGCUUUCUGGAUUCCUUCCCUUAACAGCAAUCACUAGUAGACACAAGAACCCUAAAACAAGGACCAGUAAUGGGCAAGACUAGUGCAAGACCAGGAUCAAAAGCUGAGCGCAAGUUUGAAAAGAAGCUCGAAUUUUAUGGCAAGGUUAGAGCUAGUGUUACUUCCUUGAGUGCUCAAAAGUCAAUUACGAAGAAGAGCAGAAACCAACAAAGACGCGAGAAGAAAUUGAAGGCAUAUGACCUCUCCGCACUCUGUGGGUCCCUUCCUGAUUUGGAGUCCCUUACUGAGUUGAAGGCGCGACGACAACCGGUGGAUAACUUGAAACUAAAUUGCAAAUCUAGAAAAAAGAUAUUAAUGAAGGAACAAGGGCGGUUUUUACAAAAUCUUAAUAACCCUUCGUUCCAAACGGAUCCCCUAUCAGCCAUUCAUCAGCACUUGUUGAGUACUCAACCAGUGGUAGAGGAGCAACCCAAGAAAAAAGUGAACAAAAAUGGAUCCAUGAAGAGGAAAGAGAAGAAAUUGAAGGCUUUAGUUAAAUCACAGAAUAUGGAAAUGUCAUUUUGAAACACUGUAUUGUGAAGGUACCGUGGUAGUUUGCUUUUGGUCAGACCAAUAGUUUAAGAAACAUAUUUUUGGGCAAAAGAAAAGCUCUACUAAGUUUUGAAUGGAAACAAAAUUAAUCUCACAGUUCAAGUAUUAGGGUUUUCAUGUUAAUGCAACUAACCCUUGGCAACAACCUGUUUAUUGGAUGCAACUAGUAUGUGGCUUUGCUAAUAAUUGAUAGCAAUAUCUUA